UGAUAUCUACCUAACUGGUCUUUCACUCUUUUUGGGCUCAAAUGGCAGACGACAGUCAUGCAAAUGGAGAUGAAGCGGUUGCAGAAAAUGCUGAAAAGAAUCGUGAGCUUCCAAGUGAAUUAGAGAAGCAAAUCAUCCGGCAAGUUGAGUACUAUUAUGGAGAUCACAAUAUUGUGAAGGAUAAGUUUCUACGAGAUCAAGUUGGGCCAAAUUAUGACAAAUGGGUGCCUUUGACGACGAUGAUAAAGUUCAAGAGACUUGCAGACUUAUCAACCGACUUUGAUGUCAUCACCUCUGCUAUUCGAAAAUCGACAUCUGGUCUCAUAGAAAUUAGUGAUGACUCACAGAGUAUUCGACGUUCACCAUCUCGUGCAGUUCCAUUACUAACUACAGAGUAUAGACUGGAGUCGAAAGCAAAGACUGCAUAUGCAAAAGGCUUUCCUCUCGAUGCUACAUUUGAUCAACUUCAAGAAUUUUUUGAUCAACAAGGAAAGGUUGUUUCUAUAUACAUGCGGAGGAAUCUUGAAAAGGAAUUUAAGGGCUCAGUGUUUGUUGAGUUUUCUGAACUUUCUGAUACAAAGCGAUUUGUCGAAGCUGAGACUGUACAAUACGCAGGAACUGACAUUUUGAGGCUUACAAAAGCUGACUAUUGGCAGGAACGCGAGGAGAAGAGAAAGGAAAAGAAAGAAGAAGAACGGAAGCAAAAUGCCCAACAGAAGGCCAAAGAUGUCCAACAGAAGGAUGAGGAAUCAGAUGAGGAGGAACAGAGUAAACCUCAAUACGAUGUAGGAUGCGUUUUGCACUUCAAGAAUGUUGGAGAGCAGACAUCACGCGAGGAUUUGAAAGAACUUUUUCAUGAGAAAGAAGAAGUCUGUUGGGUUGACUUUACACGUGGAGACACAUCAGGAUAUGUGAGGUUUAGGGGUGAGGGUUCUGCAAAGCGAGCAAUGGAUUCAUUGAUGAAGGAACAUGAUGGGAAGUUGGAAAUUAGAGGAGUGGAGACGACGUUAACGGUUGUAGAAGGCAAAGAAGAGGAAGACUACUGGAAAAAGGUCGAGGACGAGAGAAACAAGGCCAAAGAAAAGGCAAAGAGAGGUCGAGGUCAGAAACGAGGUCGAGGACGAGGUGGACGUGGAGGAUCUCAUGCAAAACGGGCACGUACUCGAUGAAGCUCGAUUUUGUAAAGAAUGAUUUGAAUCAUUUGGUUUUACCAUUUAACUGAUAAACUCCAAUCAGUAGAAGACACAAUAAUUUUAAAGUCCGAGUGUCAUUCGAGGUAUUUGUCAGUGUAGCAACUUGCACGGCGAAAAUAAAUAAAAAAAUAAAAAAAUAUUUUUUGUUUAG